GAUUGGCUCCUUUUCAGGAAUAUUUGCCUUUUGAUCAUUUUAAUGGUGGUGCUGGAAGUAAACAGUGAAUUCAUUGUUGAGGUGAAAGAAUUAGACAUGGAAAAUGGCACCGCAAAACGGCAAACGGUCAGAAGACAGAAGCGGGAGUGGAUCAAGUUUGCUGCGGCCUGUCGAGAAGGAGAAGAUAACUCCAAGAGGAAUCCGAUUGCCAGAAUGGCUCUGGGAAAACAGACACGGGAACCAUAUGUAACGGAAGUUCCUGAUAUCAAUGAUUACUGCCCAGUCAUUGCUGCUGAGAGGGAAACCCUCUGCCUUGCCUCUCCCUCCAUCCUUUUCUCUGCAACAGGCAUUAACGAUCACUCCUAUGGGUCUCCCUUUACCUUCUGUGCUGUUGAUGAACCCCCCAGGGACAGCGGACAGUUGGGAUAUCAGAUCAAUAAUCGCUACCUCUACAAUCCUGAUGGCCGAGCAGCCUUUAUAUCCCUUAUAUUACGCUAUCCCAAUCCUAGUAAAGGAGAGUUUUAACACAGCAUGCAAAUUGCCGCAGAUCGUGGAGUUAAAGGCCUGCAACUGUGACACUG